CGUGUGCUUCUUUCAGCUGCAAUGGGGCCCCUCCUCAAACUCAGCUCUUAUGCCCAUGAGCGCAACACAGUUUGUAAUCCUGCAAAGCAUUUUGAGGCAGAAUCAAUCAGUAGCAACAGUUUCAAAUGGGAGAGGAUGGAAAUGCUGAAGUAUAGAAACACACCUGGAAUUGUGGUAUUUUGGGGCUCCACGGAGCAGCUGCUGAGCUGGGAGGUCCAGCAGGGGAUGCUUGAAUGCACUUUGCCACCCCUUCACCAUUCUUUACCCAGGACAGUGCAGUGGUGCCCCAUCCGUGGAGGUGCCCCAGGCUGUGGAUGGGCCCUGGACAGCCUGAGCUGGAGGAAACCAGCCCACGAAGGAGGUGAGGGCUGUGAGGACCCUUCCAACCCAACCAUGCAGUGGGGUCUCUGGUUUUGCUUUGUCCCCAGAUGCCUCCAGUGCUUUCACCCACUGAUGCUCCCCAGUGCUGCAUGUGGCACUCACUGCCCAGCCGAGUGCAGCGUGCUGCAGAAGGGCAUUGUUUUGUCCUCACAGCCCCAACCCCUCUCAGCAGCUGGCUCCCAGCCCUCACCGUUCACAUGCUCCAAUUCCUCACUCCCCAAGACCCGCACCAUCCAGCAGGAAGCGGUUCCCAAACCAUUUACCAUGUUUAUGCUUUCUCCGCUCAAGGACGGUCCUCCCUCACCCCCUCACCUCCCUCCCUGCCCUGGAGUGAACAUGAAAUAAAGGUUAUCCUUGAGAAGAAAAACAAACCACGUGGCUCAAUAGCCGUGUUGCUGUUUUGAUACCUAUCUCAUCCCCUCCCCAGCCUCGGAGCAGCGUUGGGCACAAAGGGGUGACCAAGGUGCGGGAGCUGCUCCACCCCUCGUGCUAUUUACACCAAACACGUGCCCUGUGUGCAGAAGGUGCAUUAAAAGCAGGGCAGCAGCUGCAGCGGGGCAGCAGCACUGGGGCUGUGUGCAGUGUGUGCAUGCUGCAGGUGGGGCUCAGCCUGCCCCGUGCCCCCAAAGGGGCAGACAGAGCCUUCCCUGCACAGCUGGAUGGGGAUGGCGGAGAUGGUGAUGGCACCAGCACUGCGCAAGUGGUGCUCAGCUCCUCUCCCAUCACCGUCGUGGUCACACCAGAGGAUGACACGUGGCACAUCAGCGGUUCUUGUGCGGGCAGUGGGCCAUUCGUGGACUGGGACCAGAUGCCGGAGGUGGAGCAGCCGGCAGAUCCACCCGAGGACGCGCUCAGCCGGCCUCCCAAGGAGCUGAAGAAGCUGGCGAGGGAGGGCUGCUGGGCUGCCAGCCGCGCGCUGAGGGCUGCAGCUUACCAACGCCUGUGCCAGCGCGUCGCCUGCCGCCUCGUCACACCCGAUGCCCUGGUGUAUGGGGAUGUGGCUGCGCGGCUCUUUGGAAAACACGGCGCCAGCUCCCACCCGCUGCCCGACUUCCUGGCGGGGUGCUCCCUGCCCACGUACUGCCUCAACAUGGAUGGGGUCACAGCGCUGAAGAAGAUCCUCAUUUGCAUUGGCAACCUGUUCCCUGACAUCACCUACAGCCCCGCGCUGCCCUCGCUGGUUGCUCUGCUGCUGCACUACAGUGAGGAUGAGGCUCGGUGCUUUGAGAACAUCUCCCGCCUCAUCGCCAGCAAUGCCCCGCACACCAGCUACAUCGACCAGUCCUUCCUGGCUCACCAGGCCUCCUGCAUGACGUUUGGGGACCUGGCCAACAAGCACUGCCCAGCAGCACACAAGCUGAUAGCCAGCACGUCUGAGAACGUCUUUGAGGUGUACUCUGAGUGGCUGUCGUGGCUUUUCCGCGACCUCCCCUUCAGCUACGCCAUCCGCGUGUUUGAUGUCUUCCUGCUGGAGGGGCAGAAGGUGCUGUACCGCAUCGCCCUGGCCCUGCUGAAGCAGUACCGGCUGUUGGUGAGCUCUGCCGAGCAGGAGGGGACUGACACCAAGGCAGAACUGCAGGUCUUUGUGCAGAACAUUGCCCAGCACAUCACUGUUGACAAACUUCUGGAGAGAGCGUUUGGAAUCCGGCUGUUCUCCCGCAAGGAAAUCUGGCUGCUGCAGAUGGCCAACAGGAAGGCAUUGAUGGAGAGAGGCAUCACCAUGGUGCAGGGCAGGCAGUCCUUCCACCUGGCCGUGGACAUGCAGAGCUUCAGCUCCAGCAUUGUGUCAGCUCAGGAGAUGCGCAUCAUCUGGUCCUGGAUCCCCGAGCGCUUCUCCCUCUUUCCCCCACUGCUGCUCUUCUCCACAUCAGAAGAUGGCUGCAGCCUGCAGAGGUUUUACUCGUGCUGUGAAGGUUACGAACCUACGGUGCUGCUCCUAAAAACAACAGAGGGGGAGGUGUGUGGGGCAUUUCUCUCCUCUGAUUGGAGUGAAAGGAAGAAGAACGGGCUGACAUCGAGCUUUUUUGGGACAGGGGAAUGCUUCGUGUUCACUGUGCGCCUGGAGAUGGAGAGGUACGAGUGGGUGUUCAUCAAAAAGCCAGAGCUGGCCAAAGCCAUGCCACGCUCACGCCAGCGCUCACCAUCACCCAUUCCCACACCUCCGCUCAGCUCCUCCCCAGACAGCCGCAGUGCCAGCCCCAACCUCCUCACCGUGCCUGCACCGCAGAGGAAGGGCCGCCUGUCCCCGUUCCUGGCUAUCAGGCAUUUCCUCCUGCCUUCCAAAACAGCCUCCAUGUUCAUGUCCGGCUCUCGGGAAGGGAUCAUUAUCGGUGGAGGGGGAGGCCAAGCACUGUCCCUCGAUGCCAACCUGCUCUGGGGACGCACGGAACCCUGCGAGACCUUUGACAACCCUCCGCUCUGCCAGGAAAACUUCAAGGUGCAGCUGCUGGAGGUGUGGGGCUUCCAAAACACUUAGGUCCCAUGGGGUCAGCUCCUCACUGUGCUGCUCACCAUGGCUCCAGCAUGACUGCUGCAAUCCCUGUCAGCAGCUCUGUGUGUGCCUCUGCUCGCUGUCCUCCCCUCCACUGUCACCAGCCAUGGUUGCAUGAGGAUGGCCAUGAGUGUCAUGAAUGAGACUCCUCAGCUCAGACACAGCUCCACCUGCUCUGCUCCCAUUCAGGAUGCUGGAGGGGAGGCAGGUCACUGUUUUCUACUCUUCCCAGGUCUGUUUGUGGUCAGCAAAGCAGCCAUACCACAACACAGGCAGCCUCUGUGGGAAUCUUGAGUCUAAACAAAAUCCAGCACCAAGGUGCAGAGUUCACCAUAAGAGCUUCCCACACCUCACCAAGCCCAAGUACCCCCUUCAGCCACGUGUGGGUCAUGCAGUCUGGGUUACCAGGCCUCACCUGGGCCAGGCACCGAUGGCCAUCCAACGUGCUGCAAAAGACUUCUUGUUUGUUCUCGUUCCAGCCUGCUGAUUGGAAAGCAGCAAGGCACUGCCUGGCAUUUAUACCUCUGCAGCCCACGCAGCCUUCUCAUUUUUGUGUUGCCAUAAUUGCAGCGAAGAGCCCAUGUAAAAUUGUAUGCUGUUAAUAUAUGUGAGCCUUAAUGAGCAUAUCCUGAUUACGUGGCUCCAGGCUCCUCAGUAUUUCUUGCUGUCUGACACCUGCUGGACAUCCUGUCCAGCUCCACGUCCCUCAGAACUCCCUCUUUCCUUCCAGAAGGCCACUUGCCUUCUGCAGGGAUGUGCAGGGUGCCUGGCAAUGCACAGCCCUCCAUCGGCCAUCCAGCCUGACCUUGUGCUCCAGCACACUGCCUUGGGAAGGGCAAGCAGCCACAGACACAAGGACUGCUCUGUGGAGCCCUGGGUGUGCUGCAGAAACCCACAGGUCCCUUCAGUGCCCUGCCUGCUGUGGACCCCAGGUCAGAGCUGUAAAUCACAGUGACUGCUGGUGCACACCUUGUAACCCGACGAGUCCCUGCCAUGUCUAAAGAGAUGCUGCACUACUUUCCUCCCUAUGCUUUAUUCCAUUACUGCAUAAAGCUCAAAAUUCUUGGAGAAUAAAAAAAUAGCAGAGAUGCCUGGCGGCUCGGGAGACUUCAUGGGCUAUGAAGAGCUUUCCU